CGUCGACCGCCGCCAACAACACACGCCUCGACAAUAAGCAAAGAUGCCUCCUAAAGGAAAGAAAGCGGCGCCUGCCCCCUUCCCCCAGGGCAAGGCUGGUGGUAGCAAGAAGGCCCCCAAGAACCCUCUCAUCGAGAAGCGCCCCAAGAACUUCGGUAUCGGCCAGGACAUCCAGCCCCAGCGCAAUGUCGGCCGCAUGGUCCGAUGGCCCGCAUACGUCCGUCUUCAGCGCCAGAAGAAGAUCCUCAACAUGCGCUUGAAGGUCCCACCGGCGAUUGCCCAGUUCCAGCACGUUGCCGACCGCAACCUGGCCACCCAGGCUUUCAAGCUCCUGAACAAGUACCGCCCCGAGACCAAGCCCGAGAAGAAGGAGCGCCUCACCAAGGAGGCCACCGCCAUCUCCGAGGGCAAGAAGAAGGAGGACGUCAGCAAGAAGCCCUACACCACCAAGUUCGGUCUGAACCACGUUGUCGGCCUGAUUGAGAACAAGAAGGCUUCCCUCGUCCUGAUCGCCAACGACGUCGACCCCAUCGAGCUCGUCGUCUACCUCCCCGCCCUCUGCCGCAAGAUGGGUGUCCCCUACGUCAUCGUCAAGGGCAAGGCCCGUCUUGGAACGGUUGUCCACCAGAAGACCGCCGCCGUUCUCGCCCUCACCGAGGUCCGCGCCGAGGACAAGACCGACCUGUCCAAGCUCGUCUCCGCUGUCAACGACGGCUACCUCGAGUCACACCACAAGGACGCCUCGCGUCACUGGGGAGGUGGCAUCAUGGGUGCCAAGGCCAACGCUCGCAUGGAGAAGCGAAGGAAGGCUAUCGAGAGCGCUAUCAAGAUCUAAGCGGGUCUUGGCAGUGUUUGAAUGGUUCAUAAUGAAGUUCAUGGCGUGUCUCUUAUCUCUGCAUCUAGGCGGUUACAUACCACGGAGUUUAGGAGGGUUAAAAGCAGUCGGAUAAGACUGCAUUGACUGGAAUCAAUCACGAUAACGCACGCCAUUGAGCAUCGUUGUUUCUUGAAUGUGAUGUGCGCCUUGCGGCUUCAGUCUAAAUCAUGUAGCGGCUAACUACACUGACAUGUA